AAAAAGAACCGGAAGUUGUACGCCAUUGAAAUUUUAUUUGACCAGCUUUUCUCACAGGCUAAAAAACAGAUCAAACAUUGCGCAUUACAGCUGUAGUGUACUUGUCGUUGAAGUUACGCGAUGAAACACAACUCGAACGUCCCGGCUUUCCUCACCAAGCUUUGGACGCUGGUCGAGGAUGCAGACACCAACGAAUUUAUUUGCUGGAGUCAGGAGGGCAACAGCUUCCUAGUAUUGGACGAGCAGCGCUUUGCCAAGGAGAUACUCCCCAAGUUCUUCAAGCACAACAACAUGGCCAGUUUCAUCAGGCAGCUCAAUAUGUAUGGAUUCCGUAAAGUGAUGCACAUUGACACCGGUAUUGUGAAACAGGAGAGGGACGGUCCAGUAGAGUUUCAGCACCCCUACUUCAAACAUGGACAGGAUGACCUGCUGGAGAAUAUCAAGAGGAAGGUUUCUAAUGCUCGGCCAGAGGACAAUAAGAUUCGACAGGAAGACCUGACUAAGAUCUUGGCAAGUGUCCAGAGUGUUCACAGCAAGCAGGAGAACAUUGAUGCCAGGCUGGCAACACUCAAGAGGGAGAAUGAAGGCCUGUGGAGGGAGAUCUCUGAUCUGAGACAGAAACAUGCCCACCAACAGCAGCUCAUCAAAAAGCUGAUACAUUUCAUCAUCACGUUGGUACAGAACAACCACAUCCUGAAUUUAAAACGCAAAAGGCCAAUUCUUAUGAACAGCAAUGGAAAGAAGCCCAAAUACAUCCAUCAGAUCUAUGAUGACAAAGUGUGUGUGGAACAGUCGUCUGUCAACAGUCUGAAUAGCGUUACGGGCUCUGAGACGUCAGAUGACGUUAUCAUCUGUGACUUGACUGAGAAUGAUGCAGAGGCGACUGCUGAGAUCACAGAGGGAUCACCCAGAGCCUACGAGCAAGGUGACAUAGAAAUUGUGGAAGUAGAGGUGGGCGGCAGUGCGGUGCUGCCAGCAGAGACGGAGGUGAGCACCAUGUGCACAGGUGACAUCAGACAAACAGAGGCUGGUGUGUCCGCAACAACAGGCCAAAGCCAGAGGAGCGCUUUAGAUAGCAGCGGACCAACCAGCAGCGCCCUGCAGAUCAAUAAACCCUCAGGCCUGAGCCUGGAGGACCCCGUCAAGAUGAUGGACUCCAUACUGAACGAGAACGGAGCAAUAUCACAGAACAUCAACCUGCUGGGCAAGGUGGAGUUGAUGGACUAUCUGGACAGCAUUGACUGCAGUCUGGAGGACUUUCAGGCCAUGCUUUAUGGAAAACAGUUUGGCAUCGAUUUUGAUGAGGAGAGCGUGUGCUCCAAAGAGAACACAGCACAGCUAAACCAAGGCAGGAUCGAGGAAGACAACACAGAUAAGCAGCUGAUCCAGUACACCUCCUGCCCCCUGCUGGCCUUCCUCGAUGGCUGCUCUCCUCCUUCAGAGGUGGAUCUGGGCACCGGCUCCUCUAACACCCACCUCCAGCCCUCGUCCAGCCCCUGUGUCUCUGUGGAGGCUGAGCCACCCUCAGAGUUGCUGGACACCAGCCUUGAGACGAAGCCAGCCUGCAGCUCCCUGAUCCGCCUGGAGCCUCUGACGGAGGCGGAGGCCAGCGAGGAGACGCUGUUCUAUCUGUGUGAACUGAGUCCGGCUGGACCAGAGGCUGACUCCAUCCUGCUGGACAGAGUGUGAGCAGGAAUGGGACUGGUGUGACGGUGAUGCCAUAGACUACAUCCCUCCAUCCUCCAGAUAGUAUUGGCUGUCUGUGUUCCCCCAACACACUCUGUGUGUGUGUGUGUGUGUGUGUGUGUGUGUGUGUGUGUGUUGCAGUAACAGAAGUGAAGAAAGCACCAGGCUGGUGGAAGAAUAGCUGUGCUUUGUACCACAGACACAUUUUUACAUUUAAGAGGAGCAUUGAAGAUGACACUUGGUUAUUACACCUUGGAACAUAAAUGCAGUUAGUGUGAAACGAGUCAUAACUCACACACAUACAGUGAUAUCUGCAUCAUUACAGAUAAACAUCCAGAAACCUUGUAGACAUAAAAAGGACAGGCUCCUCAUCAUCCAUCUGACAGUUGUCUGUACGUCCAUGGUUACGCCUUCUUACGACUUGGCACAACAUUAUAGUUCCUGUUUAAAUCACUCAAUGCAUGAUGGGAACUGUAGUACCAAAACACAAACAUUCUCAUCCCAAAUGGAAAUAAAAAGAUAAACAACAAAGUGACAGGACCCAAUGAAAAUUGCUUUGUUUCUGUUCUACACAUAGUCUUUGCUUUACUAAGGCUCAGAAUAUUCCAUCAGCAUGGAAAGGUGCUGUGCUGUGUGCUGAAAACAUGCAGAAAUACAGGCGGAAGUUAUCAUUUGCAUAAACAUAAAAACAGUGGGCGACAUUCCCGCACUGGAAGGCAGAGCCUGUACAUCAGGUCCACGGUGUGGUGUAAUUGUUCUCACUGUCAGAAGAGGGACACAAAAGUACCACUGCAGGUUUAAAUAGAGGGAAAACUGAGCAGAAACUUUACUGCCAUGUAUCUGAAAGUGAAACCUCUUUUUUUUUGGAUGAAAGGAGUACUUUAUUUUUAUUUCAAUGUUUUCAACAACGCAAUGGUUUCAAAUGUAAAACGACAUGAGAAGGACAGGGCACCGGGACCUGGAUUUCCACCAGCACAGCUUCACCUCUGUGCUGUUAGCACUAAAGUCUCAUCUGCUCUUCAGUAUCACAUCUGGUCUUACAUCAUCAGUGAGGAGACGACCUCACCUGACCUGCAUGACCGAACCUUUGUAUAUACUUCUGUUUGGCUACUCGUCAUAAAGUGACAUUCCUUCAGUUAGUGCUGUUUUAGCUGGGGCUUGCUUUGACUUCAGAUAUGGGAACGUGACGUUUGUGACAGUGAUUUAAUGAAAACAACAUUCUAGAGAAUUGGAACUGUCUAUUAACCUGUAAAACAAGCAUCACUGCAAAAGCCAUUUCACAGUUGAGAAGACAAAACCAGCUCUGAUCUGAAUCUGUCCUCCCACAACAGCAGUAAUGGGUCUGUAUUCAUUUAGCAGUAGAAAAAUAUAACUGAAUGGUCUGAGCACCGACGUUCAUUCCUGACCACUUACACAGAGCUUUUAGCUACAUUUCACUGUCGAAAAUUCAUGAAAAAAGCUCUGAACCCUCAGAAACCUUUUCAGGACAACAGGUGAAGACUAGCUUGUAAGUGGACCAUCCAUCCAUCGUCAAACACUUAUCCUGCGUACAGGGUCGUGGGGGGCUGCAGCCAAGGACAGGUCCUUGUAAGAGGACCUUGAAUUGAAAUUAUUUUGUCAAACAAAAAUAAGUGAGGUUAAAAUGUCAUUUCAUGUUAUUUGUAUUCAUUCAACAACAUACAGUACUAAUGAAGUAGUAAUUAGAAUGCUUGAAAAUGUGUGUCAUGAUUGCGAGACACUUCACGUUUGUUAGGUGGGGAGGAAAUUAGGUCAUACAUAUACAUAAUGGGAAUUAUGAACCAAAAUAAGCUUCAGCCAAUGACAUUUUAUCGUGUACCUGUAAAAAUCUAAUGUUCCUAAUUAUAGGUCAUGUUCAUGUGAUGUUACACAUGGUGGUUGUACAGUAGGUUAGUGUCAGCAGUGAAUAAUAUAAUGGCAAUAUUGAAAAGUUAAAUGAGGAGUAAAUGUUGAGACUUGCUAUUAUCCAAGACACAAGUAACAACAUUUUUGGGUCAGUUUGAUGAAAUCAACUUUGUUUUUUUUAUGAAGAAAAGUUCUCCUACAUUCUCAGUUUGAAUCACCUUUAUUGACAUACAGUAACAAGACCCAGUUGAAGAGAAUAAAAAAUAAUUAAAAAAUUCAUUGAAUUUUCGAAGAAACACUCCCUGAUUUUGUCACAGAGCAUUCCUUAAAUCUGAACUCAGAGCCCUGAUCUCAAAGACGGACAGCUGGAAAUGAUUUAGCUGUUUUCUGAUGUAGCUUGAGGUGUUGAGUAGCCUCGGUGUGUUAAUGUUAUGAUAAAGGGAAACUGUCUUUCACUGAUAUAGAAGUGCCUCCAUCCAUUCUCCACUUCUUCUGACAGAGCCACACUUUAGACCUCAGAUGCUGUUUAUAGUCUGCUGUACAAGGUCACAUGACUUCCCACAAGCUGUCUGUCAUUGUUGCAAUCCUUGCAGUUACAAUAAAAGAAAUGCUUCAGUGUUCA